CGAGUUCAGCAUUCGCGCAAGGAAGGCUAUUUGAGGAUGUUCUGAUUUCAAAUUUAGUGUUCUUUUUGCUAAAAAUUGUCGUCAGUUUCUAAGCAGAGACACCGUAUUCAACUGCAUAGAGGCGAGGAAUCAGUUGUGUAGGUGUUCAUGAGUUGUAGUAUGCCGCAAGUGAUGACAGGACUGUCGUUGUUGCUGUUUUGCGCCAUUGUGCUGCUUGCUACACCAGUUAGAGUGGAGAGCGCCGCAUUUUGUGGGCAAGUGGUCGAGCCUCUAGGCUACGGUUGUGAAGAAUUUACCGUCCAAACUGACGACGGUUUUGUGCUAGCGCUUCACCGUCUAAGUGGGAUGCAAGGGCCACCUUCAACGACUGGCGUCGACAAUGACACCCGAUCAAAUAAGAAUCGCGAUGUCACGAAGAAGACAAAUCCACAUCAAAUCCCUGACACCGAUACGUCGAAUGCCACAGUGGCCCCGAGUUCCCAAGGAAACCCUACCUUGGAUCGGAAUAAUUCGGGGCUAGAAUUUUCCGAGUUAUUGGCACCACCGUCCGACGGGCCUGUUGUAACUCCAAGUCGUCACAGAAUAGAUUCAGGCACUCGGCCACCAUCUUCGCACUUAGCAAAUGGUUCAGACGAGAGAGCAACACAACCGACUCAUUCCAGAAACAAUUCCGCGGCAUCAAGUCCGUUAAUCUCUUCAGUCGGAAGCAUAAAUUCGACUUCAGAAAACGAAUUUCCAGCUCCCCCUCCGCUUUCAAAUUCAAUCCAGAAUGCAACAACGUACUCAUCACCUUCUGGUACAAUCACCCCUGGUUCUGGUUCUAAUCACACGGCCAAUCCAGAGGCUGGGAAGCGCGUCCCAGUGCUGCUACUGCAUCAAGAGUUUCUCAAUGGUGAUUCAUGGUUCCAGUAUGUUGAUAGAGCACACUCUAGCCACUUGUUGCCAUUCAUGCUGCUCGAUGAUGGUUUUGACGUAUGGAUUGGCCAUCAACGCGCAACAUUUUGGGGACAUGGCCAUGUCGAUCUGAAGUUCACAGAUAGGGAGUACUGGGAUUGGACAUGGGAUCAACACGUUGACUAUGACCUUCCUGCCCAACUGCGACUGAUUUCGGCCGAAACUAAUCAACCUGUUCAUAUCAUUGGAGCAUCUCAGGCAGCAACAGUGGGAGCAGCGGCCUCUACCAACCAUGAAACGGCGCAGAUGGUUCGAAGUCUGACACUCAUUGGCCCUACAGCAUACCGUGGCAAUACGAACUCUAUGGUGUUGGAUGCAUGGGCAUAUUACUUUGGAGCCAUGAUUGAUUCGAACUACUACGCAACGGGGUUUCAAAAUGGAGCGUUCAAUUAUACAUCGGAAUUCCCGGGGGCUGGCAACAUCAGUGGAGCAGGAUUAACUGGUCUUGCAAUUGGCCUGAUUUCAGGUCCGAAUUGCUGCCUCGGUUCAACAGUCGUUCAGGUUAAAGGUGGAUGGGAUGGCACGACCUCUUUCAAGAAUCUUCUGCAUUGGCAACAAGGGAUAAGAACAAACAGAUUUGCUCGAUUCGACUUCGGCAGUCCCGCAUUGAACAAUGCUACAUAUGGUCAACCUACAUCCCCAGAUUACAACCCAGAACAAAUCCCAAGAAGGAUGCCUGUGUUUAUCAUAGCAGGUGGUCGUGAUUGGACAUCUCCCCCAUCCGGAACAAUAACUUUCAUGCGUAUGUUGGAGAUGCCAGCCAGGCUGCUCAAUUUGACGAAUUACGCUCAUUACGACUUGACCUUCAGUGUUAAUCGAGAGAAUGACGUGUACGCACCUAUCCUCCGGUUCCUACAGGAAUUAGAUGCAUCUCUAUGAUUUGCUAGGGAGAACUUAUGCAGGAGCUGAUAAUGACAAAACUCUAACACUAGGUGUAAAGCAGAGGUGAAGGGGAAUAAUCACACUGUUCCUCAUUCAGGACCGUAAUCUUGCAAAUCCGUUGUCCAGACUCAUAGAUUCAGCUCAUUAGUGCGGGAUGAGUGUAGUUGGAAAAGUAUGAAACUCUCUCAAUUCAUAAGGGCAUCUCAGAUACUGAUGGACUAAUCCAUAUCACAACCUUUUCGGUAUAGAUUUUUUUUACCAGUUCCAGUUCUAGAUUACGAUUUGUAAUUUCGAGAUCAAAAACCAUUAACUUCGGACUUUUAAGUACCACUCGACCUGAUGCUAAGGACUCUCUGAUUACCAUGCUUCUCACGUCUUAGGCAUGAGGUGUCAAUGUACAAUAUAAGAUCUGAGGCCUAAAUAGCAACCAUCGGCACAGUUGAAUAAA